AUGGAAAGGGAAAAAUUGCUGUACGAAAAAAUAUACCCCGCGAUUAAUGCACACAGAUUUCACUUCAACCGAUUAUGCAGUGAAAAAAAUAUCAAAUCGAUUGUUGGCGAGAAGACAUUAAAAGAUAGCCACCAUGUGGUCAUACUUAGCAGUAACUUCCAGACGAAAAAAACAAAAGCAGAGGAUAACCAAGGGAGGGCAGACAUUCUCCACUUAUCAGAAAAAGGAAAAUUAUUCGUUUCUUUUAUUUUUCUGUGGAAAGAAAAAGAGUUGGAAGAGAGAGCUCACUGCUUAACGCAACUCUCCACAACUGCAGUUAUUCAAACUUUAGAUUUUUAUCAUAUCAAAUUUAACAUAAACGGAGCGGAAGGAGAACACCAAUCAGUCUACAUCGUGACGGACAUAGAAAUCGACGCAGAUUUGCUACGGCCUCCGAAUGCGCAAAAGGGGAAUAGCGAAUCUAGCACAACAAAGCACACACAGGGGGUAAGCUAUCCUGCCACUACCCCACCGAUGGUUGAAGGCGUUAUUGAAAAACUGAUAGAAAAAUUCUGCGCCCUUAUGAGUGAACUGCUCUCUGAUGGGUGCUCAACUGUGCUGGAGUGUGCACAAUGAUCAGAUGUAAGUCUACAUGGCGAAUAACAAGAGAAAGAAAAAAAGGGAAGGUUAGCAUUAACAUGUGGGGGUACGAGCUACGUGAUUGCCCGAACGGCAUAUAAAACGGGUCUUCUACCAUUUUGUUGUAUCCAAUUUGGUGAUGCCGCUAAAUGGGGGGUGACUAACCUGUGAGUUCCCUCGUGAACAGAACGGCAACGCUCUCCAGGACAGCCACGCCGAUCACCGCGGCGUUAAUGCAGAUGGAUCGGCUCGCCCAAUUGGGGUGACAUCCCUUUAUGGUGGGCUCGCCAGGGGGAAAACCAACACUCCUCCACGCAUGCGCAACUGCUCAAUUCGCGUGUGUGCCUUAGUUGCGUACCUACGCAGCGCGCUCUCGUCCUUCUAUCCCCUCCAUUCGUCUGCCACUUCUCUCACCAUUUUCGCAUUUUGGCGGCCCCCUCUGUCCGCUGCCCCUCACACAUGCGCCAACUGGCAUGAGAGUGAACAUCAGCAGGGAAAGCAAAGUGGCCGCUUUGUCACAUGGAUAAGCGGUCAUACUGAAAAGCAACACCUUUCUACCAAUUGGGGGACCUUAGCCAGCUUAUAAACUUCCAAAGGGGAUAAAGUGCGCAAAUAAGCUAAUACAGUAGCAACCACGGACACGCGUUCGCUUCGUUUUAUUUUUUCUGCCUGACUGGCAAACAUCACUUGCGCCACGUGAAUUUUACGCAACGAAGGUGAAGCUGUC